AUGGAGGAAGAAAAACGCGUAUCGUUAUUUGGAAAUAGUGGUGCUUGCAGUGCCUGUGGACAGUCCAUUCCUGCUGCAGCAUACUUAAUUCGCGCUGUAGUUUCACUUGCUGUCUCUUUCCUUUUCCAGUGUUUUACAUGCUCUACCUGCCGGAAUCGCCUGGUCCCCGGAGAUCGGUUUCACUACAUCAAUGGCAGUUUAUUUUGUGAACAUGAUAGACCUACAGCUCUCAUCAAUGGCCAUUUGAAUUCACUUCAGAGUAAUCCACUACUGCCAGACCAGAAGGUCUGCUAAAAGGUCAGAGUAAUGCAGAAUGCGUGCCUUCAUCUCAAAUUUUGUUCAUCACAGAUGGAUCCCAUGUCUCCAAGUAGACAAGUCACCUUUGUAGCUAGCAUCAAUGCCAGCUCCAUACCAUUGCACCUUCUUUAUUCUUGAUUGCCCUUCCCACAUUUAUUGGUGUAUUAAAAUGACUGAAUAUGAACAUUAAGGACUCCAUGAACCUGGGCUAAUGGGAGACUGUAGAGAAAAUGAAAAAAGAUCCA